CGCACCCACUUCCGCCAGCAAUUGAGGAGUUCGCCGCGUAGUUAGAGUGGGGGCGGUCACGUGACGCACGGGCCGCGUUCGGGUCUUGUCACGUGUGCGGCGGGGGUUAAAGUGAAAAUGGCGGCUGCCGGGGGCCUGGACGAGAGGAGCAGCCGGGAGCUGUGGACCAUCCUGCUGGGCCGAUCUGCUAUGAGAGAUCCUAUUCAGAUCAAAGCAGAGCUGGACCGAUAUGGCAAAAGAUUACUUCAGGGAUUAUCCUUCUACAAACCACCCAGUACGGGCUCUGCCGAAAAGUUGAAGGCAAAAAAGAAUUUAGCUCCAGCCUUAAAAGAACUUGGGCAGCGGGUCAGCAAAUUUCUGGGCCUGGAUGAGGAGCAGAGCGUACAGCUGCUGCAGUGUUAUCUCCAGGAUGACUACAGAGGGACACAGGACUCUAUAAAGCUGGUACCACAGGAUGAACGGCAGAGCCAGGCCCUGAUGCUGAAGAUAGCUGACUAUUAUUAUGAAGAGCGGAUUUGUAUGCUACGCUGCGUCCUGCUGCUGCUGACCUACUUCCAGGAUGAAAAGCAUCCGUACAAGAAAGAAUUCAAUGACUGCAUGGAUAUGCUGGAGCGGGAGGACUUGAUGGGGAAAUAUCGCAAGCACUUUGAAGAUCUGUGCAAGCAAGAAGCACCCACGUGGGAAACGCAUGGGAAUCUUAUGACUGAACGUCAGGUGUCCCGGUGGUUUGCGCAGUGUCUACGAGAGCAAGCAAUGCUGCUGGAGAUCAUCUUUCUCUAUUAUGCCUACUUUGCCAUUUCCCCCUCCAACCUACUGGCGCUUACUAGGCUGUUCAAAGAGCAAGGAUUUGGGCGUAGACAACAAAAUCGUCACUUGGUUGAGCAAAGCUUAGACCCUUUAGUAGACAGAAUUGGAUAUUUUGAAGUUCUCAUCCUGAUGGAAGGAAUCGACAUGGAUACUCUGCAGGACUACGUUCUGAAGGAUGACCUGGAGCAUCCAUUUACUAACGAACAACAGUUCUGCAAGGACAUGGACAACAUCUUGUUAACCUUUGGAGAUAUCCCUCACCACGCUCCUGUCCUCCUGGCCUGGGCUCUGCUGCGGCACACUCUGAGCCCAGAUGAAGCGGCCACAACCGUCCGCAAAAUGGGCAGUAUAGCCGUCCAGCUCCAUGUCUUCAAGUAUCUGACAACGUUGCUACGAGCCCUUGGUAGUGGCGAGAAUAAUUGUACAACCAGCACCGCGUGUCUGUGCGUCUACAGUCUGCUGUGUUUCGCUUUGACUUCCAUGGAGGAACAUACUCUGGGCAAACAGCAGGAUAUUAUUGAUACAGUUUGUCAAGUGAUGACUGCCCCUAAUCUCUCUGAUCUCUUCUGGAAUACCGAUACCACCAUAGGACUUGGCAUCUUGCUGGACAGCGUGUGUACGAUGUUCCCCUAUCAGCUGGCUCCUCUUCUCCAAUUGUUCACCGCUCUUGUCUCAAACAAGUCCACGGCCAAGAAGGCUUAUACCUUCCUAGAUAAAAUGGUAUUUUACACCGAGCAGUAUAAGCACAAGCCUCACGAUGUCAUGUCACACGAUGAUGAGACGCUCUGGAGGAGACAGACCCCUAAACUGUUGUACGCAUUAGGACUGGGUCAGACCAACCUGCGUAUACCACAGGGGACAAUUGGGCAAGUGAUGUCUGAUGAACGUGGAUUCUUAGUGCGCUGGGAAUACUCGUAUAGCAGCUGGACCCUCUUCACCUGCGAGAUUGAGAUGCUGCUUCAUGUUGUGUCCACAGCAGAUGUGAUUCUGCAUUGUCACAGAGUGAAGCCCAUCAUUGACCUUGUGCACAAAGUUAUUAACACAGACCUGUCUAUCGCGGACUAUCUUCUGCCCAUCACCUCUCGGAUUUACAUGCUGCUUCAGAGGUUAACAACGGUCCUGAACCCCCCAAUGGAUUUCAUCGCUUCCUGUGUGAACUGCCUGACUGUUUUAGCUACACGAAUGCCUGGAAAGGUUUGGACAGAUUUGCACCACACAGGAUUUCUGCCCUUUGCUUCCAGUUCCUCAUCCAGUCACAUAAUCAGCACUGAAAAUAUGAAUGCUGGAGGAUACGGGACCCUCCUGGGGAUCGAGCAGUCCCACGGGGAAUAUAGCGUCAGCAUCUCGUUCCUCCGCCUUGUUACCACAUUAGUGAAGGGUCAGCUUGGCAAUAUGCAAAGUCAAGGUCUGGUGCCUUGUAUUCUGUUUGUGUUGCGAGAAAUGCUUCCCAAUUACCACAGGUGGCGCUACAACUCCCAUGGUGUGAGGGAAAACCUUGGGUACCUGAUCUUGAAUCUGAUACAUGCCAUCCUCAACCUCUGCCCGGAUAUGGAUCCACAAAGCAGCUCCCCAAACCUGCAGAGCUUGUGCAUCUUCAGUCUGACCAACACCGAGGCGGGACAGGCCGUCAUUAACAUCAUGGGGAUCGGAGUGGACACCAUCAACGUGGUUAUGGCCUCUCAGGCAGGGAGUAGUGGAACAGAAGGACAAGGCCAGAUGCUAAUUCAGACGGUUAAGUUGGCGUUUUCCAUAACCAAUAAUGUCAUCCGGUUGAAGCCGCCAUCUAGCGGAGUGUCCCCCCUGGAGCAGGCGCUCACACAGCACGGAGCUCACGGGAACAACCUCAUUGCUGUCCUGGCAAAAUAUAUUUACCAUAAAUAUGAUGCUUCAUUGCCACGACUGGCUAUACAACUGCUCAAACGUCUGGCUACGGUGGCCCCCAUGUCGGUGUAUGCCUGUCUGGGAAGUGACGCGGCUGCUAUCCGGGACGCCUUUCUUAACCGUCUGCAGUGCAGCAUAGAGGACAUGCAGAUAAAGGUCAUGAUCCUGGAAUUCCUCACUGUUGCUGUAGAGACCCAGCCGGGGCUCAUUGAACUCUUCCUGAAUUUGGAGGUGAAGGAUACUAAUGGCACAAAGGAGUAUAGUCUGGGCCAAUGGAGCUGCCUGCAGGUUGUCCUGGACCUAAUAGACCUCCAGAAAUCUGACCGGUUUUGGUGCACACCUCAGCUACACCGCUCCGCCAUCGCUUUUCUACAUGCCUUAUGGCAGGAUCGUCGCGACAGUGCAAUGACCGUCCUAAGAAUCAAGCCCAAUUUCUGGGAGAACCUGACAGCUCCUCUCUUUGGGACUCUUGUGCCCCCCUCAGAAUCUUCGGAUCUCAGCGUGCUGGAGACCUGCGCUUUCAUCAUGAGAAUUAUCUGCCUGGAGAUCUACUACGCGGUUCAUGGUUCUCUGGAUAAGUCUCUGAAGAGCAUUCUGGAGAAGUUCUCCAAGGACGGACGCUUCACUUACUGGUCAAACUACAUGCAGUCACUGGUGCUGCGGGUGGCGGAGACAGAAGGCAGCUGCAGUUCACUCACGGAGUACCAGAUGCUGCUGUCAGCCUGGCGGGUGCUGCUCAUCAUUUCCACGCAUUAUGCGGACGUAAUGCUCCUGACAGACGUGAAAGUAAAGCAGGCACUUUUCCAGGACAUCUUGUCUGGAACAGAAAUUUUGUUCCAGGUCCCCAGUUCGGCCCCUUGUCUGCAGCUCGGCUUUAUGCUCUGUACUCUGAUGAUGAUUUUACUCCGACGCUGGAAGAACGAACUCAAUUCACCCGAGAACAUCCUCAAGUCUCUGGCAAGAAUCCUAGAUGGGGUCCUGCAGGCCGAUAAACAGCAAAUGGAGAAGGCUAAAGCGCGAGUCUUCUCCUCCCUGAUCUGUGUCUUGGAGAUGAAACAGAUGAAAGCCAGCAGUAUCCCCCAGUACCAGCAGCUGGUCCUCAGCGUCUGUGAGAAUCUACAGGAAGAGGUGAUGUCGCUUAUAAAUGAGACCCGCCAUGGACUGACAACUGGGGAAGGAGCGGAGGACAAGGACAGCAUGGAAACUGAUGAUCUGCCCAGAACCAGGCACAAAGACCAACGUGAUACGGUCUGUGUGCUGGCAUUACACUUGGCCAAAGAGCUGUGCCAAGCCGACGAAGAUGGAGACCAGUGGCUACAGGUCAUCCGGCAGCUGCCUGUGUUGCCCAUGCUGUUCAGUGCCCUGGAGAUCAGCCUCAGGGGCAAACAGAACCUCCAUUUCUGUGAAGCUUCUUUUCACCUCUUGUUCACUUUGGCUAAAACACACCAGGGAGCGGCAGCCAUAGCAGGUGCUGGCAUCACUCAGAGUAUGUGUUUGCCUCUCCUGAGUGUUUACCAGCUGAGUGCGAAUGGUGUGAGCACGGUACAGCCUCCCCUCUCCUCCCGUAAAGCUGUCGAUGCCCCCUCUUGGCCGGGCGUCUACCGACUGACGGUCUCCCUAAUGGAAAGGCUGCUAAAAACUCUACGAUAUAAUUUCCUCACAGAUGCCUUAGACUUCAUAGGUGUUCAUCAGGAGAGGAUAUUACAGUGCCUGAGUGCCGUACGCACCGUGCAGAGUUUAUCCUGUUUGGAAGAGGCAGAUCACACCGUCGGCUUCCUGCUGCAGCUCUCCAACUUCACCAAAGAAUGGCAUUUCCACCUGCCUCAGUUAAUGAAAGACAUACAGGUCAGUUUGUGUUACUUGUGCCAAUCCUGCACCUCACUGCUGUACAGCCGCAAGAUGCUGCAACAUUACUUACAGAUAAAAAGUGGGGAAGCUGUGACCUCUGGUUCAGCCUCCCGUGGUCAGCGCACCCCCCAAACCCCAUCCAAGCAGUCGAAACCAGAAAGCGAGGCCUUAGAACUGAGAGCGCUGCGCUCGGUCCAACACAGUCUACUGAAGAUCCUCAGCAAAACACUGGCCGCACUGAGAGCUUUCACACCAGAUCUCUGCCAGAUACUUCAGCCUCUGGACCUGGCACAGUAUCAGCUGCUCUUGGCUCUGAACUUCAGCACUCCAGCAUUCGAUGCAGAUGUUGCGCCAUCGUUCGGCACGUUCCUGGCGACUGUAAACGUGAUGCUCAACAUGCUGGGAGAGAUGGAUAAGAAGAAAGAUCCUCUGUUCCCAUCUGCGGCCCCUGCAAGUCCUUCAGAUGAAAACAAGAACAUCAGGCCUCUGUUGCUGUUUAUUAUCGAGAACUGUUUUUACCUGUCCAUCUCGCAAGCUGUGCGCUAUCUGCGGGACCAGUCAGUGCACCCCCGGGACAAGCAGCGCAUGAAACAGGAACUUGGAUCUGAACUGAGCACCCUUCUCUCCAGUCUGAAUCGCUACACCCGGCGGGGGGUCACAUCAUCUUCUCCGGCUGCCGGUGUUUUGCCUUCGCCUCAGCCCAAAGCUGGAAUUUCCGUUAAGGCGGCCCCGGAGGCCCAGGAGCCCAUAAUCCAGCUGGUUCAGGCCUUUAUAAGGCACGUACAGAGAUAAAGAAUACUCUGUCUGGUGGGGACUUGGUGGUUACUGUGUACACACCUUCACCAUCAGCGAUCCUGGACUAUAAACAUUCAUAAAAAAGGUACACGGCCUCCACGAAACAACUGUAUAUACCAGACAUCGAAGAGAACCAGGAAUAAUAUUGGGAACAAGGCCGGUGACGCUGCUACAUCUCCAUCGGGGGGCGCCCCUCCUUGGUGCAGUGACUCCUUUAGACACGCAUGCUGCCUGUGUGUGUUUGCCGCUUUUUCCUUUUUUUUUGUACUGUUACUAUGAUUUUCUUGUAUUUUUUUUUGACAUUGUAUUUAUACUGACAGUAAAAAGACAUUUCCAGAUCCGUGCGUACAGAUCAGUCCUGUUCGGCCGCCAUGCAGGAAUGAGAGAAUUUAUUAAUAUCUAAUCAAACACAGACAGGCAAUAAAUAACACUCAGGAAUCAAAUCAACGGAGCGGAUGAUAGGUGGAGUAGUUAGAAAACAGGAAGCUGUCCCAAUAUACAUUAGAAAUGAUUGGCUUCCAGUGAGCGUGCAGAAUCGGGGGUGGGGGGGGGUCUCCUGAGCGCAACGUAUCCUUUUUAUAUGUAUAUGAAAAGCCACAUUGUAACAUAUAUCCUGUAUAAAUCGGCUAUAAAUCUUACAUUCAGAGUAUAAUAGUGUCAUCUAAACAGUAUGGCUGCACAGUCGUAGUAGGACGUUGCAUACUAGUGAUAAGGUCAUUGCUUCCAAUGUCGUCCUAAUACUGCCAUUGUGUUGUCCGACCCGUUCUCUGACUGUUUUCGGGGUAAGUUCACACGGAACAGAAAAGCUGCAGAUUUUUAGCUGACAGGUAAAAUCCGAAGAGGAUUACAUGACCAGGCAGGAGGAUGAGGCUUUAUAAAUAUUUUACAUGCUGAAAAAUUUGGACAUCGCCCCCUAUAGGUGUGAAAUGCACAGUGACUCCACAUGUGACAAACGGACCUAACGUUGUUAUAUCUUCAGGUGAAACAGACAUUAAAGGGGUAUUCCAGG